GUGGAAAGAUUUAUCACUUCACAACACUUCCCACUAUACACCAACCCCUCUCUCUCUCCUUCCAUGGCUUCCCUCAACCAAAUCAUCUUCUUCUUCUUCCUCCUCACUCUCUUAUCCUCCCUGCAAAUUCAUGCAAGAGACAGCCAAUUCUUCAACAAAAUAAUCCCUAACAAUGACAACAAUAGCAGCAGCAAAGAGCAAUCUACAACUGUGAAUCCUCUACAAAAAGAACCAAGUUUCGCCCCGGAGAAUGAAACCGGCGGCUAUGGCCUCUACGGCCAUGAAUCCGGCCAGCUUCCGCCGUCCGCCACCGCCGUCAACAACCAUGCAGAGGAGGAAGAAGUUCCUUACAAGAAAUACCUUCCCAAGAACUAUAACCCUGUUGCCUACGUCACUGUCCCGGAGGACAACAAUAAUGAUGAUGACGCUAAGUUCAUGGCCGCCGCCGCCGACAACCGCGGAUUCUACAACGGCGACAAGGAGUUCGCCGCCGCCGGAGAAUCAAGAAUGCCCGAGGACACCAGGUUCAUGGAUAAGGAGUUCACCACCUCCGGCGAUAACCGCCGGGAUUUUUACAACGGCGCCGGAGAAUCAAGAAUGCCCGGCGGCGACACAAGAUUCAUGGAAAACGAGUUCUCCCCCUCCGGCGCCGGCGCCGAUAACCGCCGGGAUUUUUACAACGGCGCCGGAGAAUCAAGAAUGCCCCAAAACACAAGAUUCAUGGACAAGGAGUUCACCACCUACGGCACCGCCGAUAACCGCCGGGAUUUUUACAACGGCGCCGGAGAAUCAAGAAUGCCCGACGACACAAGAUUCAUGGAAAACGAGUUCACCCCCUCCUCCGCCGCCGACAACCGCCGUUACUACAACGGCCCCGCCGGCAACAACAACUACAACAACAACCCCCAAGAUGAUAAAUUCAUGCAGAGUGGCUUCAACACUGACAACAACUACUACAACAACCAAGAAGAAAACUUCUUCCCCACCACCUCCGGCGGCGGCGCCGGCAACAACCGCUACAACUACAACAACGGCGGCGCCGGAAACAGGUUUGAGCAGCAAGGGAUGAGCGACACAAGAUUCUUGGAGAAUGGGAGGUAUUACUACGAUGUGAACACAGAGAAGUACGCCACCCACCCAUACAUGAAUUCAAGAAACCAGUUCAACAACAACAAUGGAUUCAAAAACAAUUUCAUGGAGAACAACUACCAGAAUAUGGAGGAGUUCCAGGACCAAGAAGACAUUCCCUGAGAUUCCUUAACAUUUUUCUUUUCCACAAAGUUAAAAGAUCAUGUGACAGAGUCCCAAAAUCUAUCUGCAAAUUAAACACACGACUGGGUGUUUGAUGGUGUGUUAAAUUAUGGUUGUUUAGGGGGGAAUGUGUUGAUGAUGAUUAAGCUAUAGAUUUGUUCAUAGGUUAUCUCCUGUCUCUAUAGUUAUAUAUUGUGUGUGAAUGAGACCAUGAAACUAUGGUUUUCUGUCAGCUGGUCUAGACCAAAUCUAUUCAACUCCACAGAUGAUAUGAUGUUACAAAACUUGUUUAGUACUAAUAUAUCCAUAAUUAUUAAAUCCACUUGUAUUAUGGAAA